AUGUAUUUAGAAUCUCGAGAGCAUCUUCGUUUAAAACGGGAGUUAAAAAACAUAGAGACUGAGAACGAUUCCUCAGUAGAGGCGUACAUCGUAGACGGUAACAUAUUCAAAUGGAGGGGUCACAUCCUUGGACCUCCCGGAACACCUUAUGAAGGCGGUCACUUUAACCUCGACAUAACGAUUCCCGAGGACUACCCUUAUAGUCCUCCCGUGAUAAAAUUUGAGACUAAAAUUUGGCAUCCGAACAUAUCCAGUGAAACUGGAGCAAUAUGCUUGGAUAUUCUUAAAAACGAGUGGAGUCCUGCUCUCACAAUCAGAACCGCUUUGCUAUCGAUUCAGGCACUAUUAUCAGCACCAGAGCCAGACGAUCCUCAGGAUGCAAUGGUUGCAAAAAUGUACAAAAGGGACUACGAGGAGUUUGAACGAACCGCCAAGUAUGUUACAAUUGUAUUUAGCAGAAUAACUAGGUUAUGGACGAGUACAUUUGCCAGGGAUGAUAACGAGAGUAAAGAAGGAAAGAUCAAAACACUUUUGGAAAUCGGAAUAGAACGAGACCUAGCAGUGAAAGCACUCGAGGAGAACGGCUGGGACACUACUGUGGCGCUAAACAGAUUGCUGGAUUCGUAA